AUGGAGGCAAACUGGUUAUUCCAGAAACUCAAGUUUCUCACGGCAGGCUCACGAACGACAGUCCAAUCGGCGGUACAGUUCCUUGACAAAAUAAAGAUGGUCAGAGUGGAGCCAGAUGAAAGGAUGGUGUCAUUCGAUGUCAUCUCGCUCUUCACCUCCAUACCACAGGCGCUUGCUGUCGAAACCAUCCGCGACCUCCUACGUCAGGAGAAAGAUGAAAGAGAUGGUCAACCCACAGCUCAGGAUAUAGUAGAACUCGUGAAGCAUUGCCUCAGGACCUUCUUCACAUUCGAAGGGACCACGUACGAGCAAAUCAAGGGCACUCGAAUGGGGUCCCCAAUCUCCGGGUUCAUUGCGGAGAUCGUACUUCAAAAACUCGAGAGGCAGUUGUUUGAAGAGUACGAGCCGAAGUUUUGGGCACGCUACGUUGACGACACUUUCGUUUUCAUCAACCAGAGUCAAAUCAACCACUGCAAGGAACGACUGAACUCAAUUUCUCCCGACCUACAGUUCACGAUGGAAGAAGAGACGGAAGGCCGACUUACGUUCCUAGACGUUCUC